GCAUCCGAGCCCAGUUCCAUGGGCGUCCUGUCCCUCAUCUGACAGCAGACGCACCAAACCAAAGUGCGUCGUUUUCAUUUGGAGAUCCGCCCCCUGUUUCCUCACUAUCCUCUGGUUACAUUUUCUUGUGUGGAUUGACUGCAACAGCUGCCAAUGUGUUGUUCAUCUUCCUGAAGUUUGCACAAAAUCAAAGGCAUGCCUCUGGCUCGCAGCCUCUCUGUGACGUCCCUGUCAGGACUGGAGGAAUGGGACGAGGAGUUUGAUUUGGAGGACGCUGUUCUUUUUGAAAUUGCGUGGGAGGUCGCUAACAAAGUCGGAGGCAUCUACACCGUCAUCCAGACCAAAGCCCGUCUGACCGCAGAGGAAUGGGGGGAGAACUAUUUCCUGGUGGGUCCUUACGUGGAGAGCAACGUGCGCACGCAGGUGGAGCUGAUCGAGCCCACAAACCCCGUGCUAAAGAGAACCAUUGACAAGAUGAACUCCAGUGGGUGUAAGGUCUACUUUGGGCGCUGGCUUAUUGAGGGCAGUCCCUAUGUUGUGCUGAUAGAUGUUGCGUUUACGGCCUGGUCUCUUGACAGCUGGAAGGCCGAAUUGUGGGACCUUUGUGACAUCGGCGUGCCAUGGUUCGACCGAGAGGCCAACGACGCCGUGCUGUUUGGCUUCCUGACUGCCUGGCUUCUGGGAGAGUUUGCAGCCCAGAGUGAGGAUCCUCCGCACAUCGUGGCCCAUUUCCAUGAGUGGUUGGCCGGCCUGGGCUUAGUGCUGUGUAGACAUAGACAGCUGCCCAUCGCAACCAUCUUCACCACUCAUGCAACACUGCUGGGACGAUACCUGUGUGCUGGAAGUGUGGACUUCUAUAACAAACUUGCAGAAUUCAACGUGGAUAAGGAAGCAGGCGACAGACAGAUUUACCACCGCUACUGUUUGGAGCGAGCAGCUGCUCACUGUGCUCAUGUCUUCACCACUGUUUCUCAGAUCACAGCCAUUGAGGCGGAGUACCUGCUCAAGAGGACACCAGACAUUGUCACUCCCAAUGGGCUCAACGUGAAGAAGUUCUCAGCCGUGCACGAGUUUCAAAACCUCCACGCUCAGAGCAAGAAUCGGAUUCAGGAGUUCGUCAGGGGACACUUCUACGGGCACCUGGACUUCAACCUGGACAAGUGCUUGUUCCUCUUUAUUGCUGGAAGGUAUGAGUUCUCCAACAAAGGAGCCGACAUCUUCUUGGAAGCUUUAGCCAGACUCAACUAUCUACUGAGGGUCAAUCACAGUGACGUGACCGUCAUUGCGUUCUUUAUCAUGCCAGCUCGGACGAACAACUUCAAUGUGGAAACCUUGAAGGGCCAAGCAGUCAGGAAACAGCUCUGGGAUACUGCUCAGACUGUGAAGGAACGUUUCGGAAAGAAACUUUAUGACUCACUUCUAGUUGGGCAACUGCCAGAUGUGUCGAAGAUCCUGGACAAAGAGGAUUUCACCAUAAUGAAGCGUGCCAUCUUCGCGACUCAGAGACAAUGCCAGCCUCCAAUCUGCACCCACAACAUGCUGGAGGACAGCAGCGACCCCAUCCUAAACUGUGUCCGCCGCAUCGGCCUUUUCAACAGCUCUGCUGACCGUGUCAAGAUUAUCUUCCACCCUGAGUUCCUUUCGUCCACCUCUCCUCUACUUCCAAUGGAUUAUGAGGAGUUUGUAAGAGGCUGCCACCUCGGCGUCUUCCCCUCUUACUACGAGCCUUGGGGAUACACACCAGCUGAGUGCACAGUCAUGGGAAUUCCAUCAAUCUCAACUAACCUGUCAGGCUUUGGCUGUUUCAUGGAGGAACACAUAGCAGACCCCUCAGCAUACGGUAUUUACAUCCUGGACCGUCGGUAUCGGGGGGUCGACGAGUCGUGUAACCAGCUCACGUCCUUCCUGUUCCAGUUUUGCAAGCAGAGCCGGCGCCAGCGGAUCAUCCAGAGGAACCGGACUGAGCGUCUGAGCGAACUCUUGGACUGGAAAUACCUCGGCAGGUAUUAUAUAUCAGCCCGUCAUAUGGCCCUGGCUAAAGCCUUCCCUGACACUUACAUGUAUGAACUUCAUGAACCCACCUCAACCUCAGGAUUCCGUUAUCCCCGACCAGCCUCUGUGCCUCCGUCUCCAUCUCUGUCCCGCCACUCUUCCCCUCACCACAGCGAGGCUGAGGACAACGACGAAGAAGAGCGCUAUGACGAGGAUCUGGAGGCAGAAAAGGACCGGGUGAACAUCCGCCAGCCCUACGCUCUGCCAUUCAAAAAUAAGUCUUCUUCUGUCCUGGGGGCCAAUGGAAACGGCAAUGGUGUCACAAGCGAGAAAAACUGAGACGUGCACAGACACACAAACGCACAUAAGUACAUACACACAGUACAUGCUGAACCUCACUAGUGAAACUUUAUCUGUGGCAAUAUUUUAAGUCAUCCAUGUACUUCAUAUAUGCGUGAAGUUGUGUGAAUACGAGUGAUACAUUUAAUAUCGGCUUGUUGUGUAAAAUUGCAUCACUGUCAGUGUCUUCCCAACCUGUUCGUACCUCAGAAUUUUUAGAAAAUAUCUGUCUGUUUGAUAAGUUUUGGUAUCGUUUCAGUUACACCAGCAGUGCAACCAGUGGUUUGCUUCGUGGAGUAAAUGCAGCAGCUAGAAAGGGCUAAACGACAGCUCAACGUUUAAAACAAAUCAGGAUUGCUGGAUUUUGUAGUGUACUAACACUGGAUAACAUAAUGUAGGUCUAAAAUAUUGAAACAAUAAUAGACGCUUAUUUUGAGUAGCUGGAGGGGGUUUUAUACUUGAUUCUAAGGUCUGUCAGAGCAGGGAACGAAAAACAUCCCUCCUUUAUACCAGAAUGUCAUCUGGACGCAUUCAAAGCUCUUUUUCCUAAUUUAAAAAAAGGCUCAUGUGAAGACAGUGUCAGUUGCUUCAAGUACCCAUAUAGAGCACCUGUUCUUUUUACUUGUGUUUGGCUUAAAAGUGUGAUGAUGAUGAUGAUGAUGAUGAUGAUGAUGCAGAGCUUUGAACACAACUGUCCACCUUGUAGCAUCUUUUUCUUUCUUUCAAAUGCCUUGUUUACUGCACGACUACACACUGAGUGGAAAUAAAAUGUAGAAAACAUACACAGCAACAACAAAUAGAAUCAGAAACCAAAAAGCUGCUAGUGUUUUCAUUUUUGUUCUGCGCCUUAUUGCAUCACAUUCAAUGGCAAUCACCAAUUAACAACGUCACACAAUUCUUUAUCUGUCUCUGUGCGCUCUUGUGGAUUAUUCCUGUGUUUGCCUGUUUCGAAAAGUGUUAAAUUGAGAAGGGAGUAGAGUUGAGACAGACGGGACAAAAAGGGACUGAGAUGGUAACAAUGUUUUCGGGUAAAAGACAUAAGAGGAAAAUGAUUUCACCAGGCUCCCACUCACACUCCCUGUAAGAGUUUUAUCAUUUGUUACAUUCAGG